AUGGCUCCAGGGGCAGACAAAGGAGGAGCAGAUGGCGAAGCUACCGACAUGGAGAGUGUUAUAGAUGGUGAACAAGGCACCGCACUUGCGCCUAUCUCAACGGCAUAUCUGAAAAAGACAUUGUUACCGGCUAUGAAACCUGUGUUGUCUGAGCUAGCUGACAUUGAGACAGAUAUCAGCUAUGGAGCCACCGAACACUCAUUAUCCGAUAGAUUCCUCUAUCCACAUGUCUUCAGAACUGUCCAGAAUCACAACAUCCACAAUAUGGUCGUCACCAAACUGUUGGAGCACUUUGGCUGGACCUGGGUUGGGAUUUUAGUGACGGAUGAUGAUACCGGAGAGAAUGAGCUGCAAAUACUGACAAAGUACAUGAGAGAGCACGGGAUCUGUGCCGCCUUCACCAUAAAACUUACAGAGCAGAUUGUCAACGACAAUGAGCGGAUUUUACAAGUUUUGAAGAAUCCACAAAUCAAUAUCAUUAUAAUGUGUGGGACCUUAUCUCUCAAUGGAGAUCGAUUACUAUACUACCAUUCAUCUGUAUUUAUAGACAAAUUCUUUAUCCUUCCACCAUCCUGGGCUUCCAGUAACUUCAUUCUAGAACAUCAGUACCCAGAACUGAAUGGAAGUCUAGCAGUUGAAUUUUCAUCACAGACUUUUCCAGGAGAGGAAGAUUUGACCACACAGAUGGAUGUCCGUAAGGUGGAAAUAGGAAAUUUUACACCAUGGGCCGUCAGUGGAGAACAGCUUCACAUAAACACCGAGUCAAUAACAUGGAAAUGGACAAAGGAGGUAAGAAGUGUCCCGGUAUCCCGCUGCUCAGACCUGUGUUUACCUGGAAGCCGGAAAAUGGCGAGACCGACAAUUCACAUCUGCUGCUAUGACUGCGUCCCAUGUUCAGAAGGAGAGAUAUCCAAUAUAACCGAUUCUGACAGCUGCAUUAAAUGCCAAAGUGAUGAAUGGCCUAAUGAGAAGAGAGACCGAUGCCGGCCCAAAGUAGUGGAAUUCAUCUCUUACCAGAAUGACACCAUUGCUUCUGUGUUCUCCUGUGUCUCGGUCUUCGGAUGUCUUGUGACCGGCUUCAUAUUUGGAAUAUUCAUUUCCCAUCGAGACACUCCUAUUGUUAAGGCCAAUAACAGGAACCUGAGUUAUCUCCUCCUGGUCUCCAUCAUCCUCAGCUUCCUCUCUGUCUUCUUGUUUCUGGGUCGUCCCAAUGAUGUGACUUGUAGAUUACGUGAAACCAGUUUUGGAAUCUUCUUCUCAGUAGCCGUCUCUUCACUUCUCGCCAAGACUGUGAUGGUUUGUGUUGCUUUUAAGUCCACCAAGCCUGGAAGCCCUUGGAGAAAAUGGCUCAGUGUGAAACUACCAUAUACCAUAGUGUCAUUGUGUUCAUCCUUUCAAGCUGUAAUCUGUAUUAUCUGGAUGUCUAUUUCUCCUCCAUUCCAGGACCUGGACACUGACUCUUAUCCUGGGAAGAUCAUCAUUCAGUGUAAUGAAGGCUCAGAUAUCUGGUUCUACUCCAUGUUGGGUUAUCUGGGGUUCCUGGCAGCUGUGAGCCUUGUUCUGGCUUUCAUGGUGAGGACAUUACCGGACAGUUUUAAUGAGGCCAAGUACAUCACCUUCAGCAUGCUGGUGUUCUGCAGCGUCUGGAUCUCCAUGAUCCCGGCUUAUCUGAGCACCAGAGGAAAGAACAUGGUGGCUGUGGAGAUAUUUGCAGUAAUGGCUUCCAGUGCUGGACUUUUAGGUUGUGUGUUUUUCCCAAAAUGUUUUAUAAUUUUGUUUAAAUCUGAAAUGAACAGAAAAGCUGACCUGCUGGGGAAAAGAAAGAACUGA